UUCACAGUGUAUACUUGUGGGGCGUUGAUUUCGGGCCAUAAUGAAAAGGUACCUGGUGGCCCUUGACGUCGGCACGACCACCGUGCGAUGCCACGUCCUCGACGAGAGUGGCACCAAUGUGGCCACCAGCUUCGAAAAGGUGGAAUUAUUGUACCCGAAGCCCGGCUACGUGGAAAUCGAUCCCGACUGGCUAUGGGGCGCUGUCGUUCGCGUCAUGCGGAGGUGCAUCCAAGAUAGCGGCGUGGACGCGGCGAAAAUCGAGACCCUCGGGAUAUCCACGCAGCGCGGGAGCAUCAUCACUUGGGACCCGGAGAGCGGCAAACACUUCCACAAUUUCAUCACUUGGAAGGACCUGCGCGCCGAUUCCUUGGUUAAGGAAUGGGACGCGUCUCUGGCGAUGCGCGGCCUACGCUUGGGCUCGCGCCUCCUGUACAUGACGUUGCGCAACAAGAGGUUCCAAGCCGGCAGCGUGCACCGGCUCAUGAACACUCAGAUGACUUUACGCUUGCUGUGGGCGCUCCAAAAUGUCGACGGCCUCAGAGACGCAGCGACGAGCGGAAAGGCAGUCUUUGGCGGAGUCGACUGUUGGCUCCUCUACAAAUUCACCGGCGCCCACGUGUCGGACGUGUCCAGCGCGUCGGCCUCGGGCCUCUUCGACCCCUUCACGAUGGAGUGGGCCGGCUGGGCGCAAAAGCUCUUCGGCCUCCCGGCGACCAUGUUCCCGCGGGUCGUCGACACGGCCGGUGACUUUGGCCGGCUGCCCGGCUCGCUCUUCGGCGCCGACAUACCGAUCUCGUGCUCCAUGGCCGACCAGGCGGCCUCGCUCUUCGGCUCCGGCUGCUUCCAGUCCACCGAACUCAAACUGACCAUGGGCACCGGCAGCUUCAUCAACGUCAACACCGGCCUCGAACCCUGCGUCUCGGUCGCCGGUCUUUAUCCUCUGGUGGGGUGGCGAUUCGGGUCCGAACUGACGUACGUCGUGGAGGGCGCGUCCAACGACACCGGCAGCAUCAUCGAGUGGGCCAGGGCUAUGGAGUUCGUACAAAACCCGGUAGACACCAACACGCUAGCAACUUCCGUUAACGACUCCGACGGAGUCUACUUCGUGCCUUCGUUUAGCGGCUUGCAGGCACCCAUCAACAACCCGAACGCAGCCUCGGGCUUCAUCGGCGUAAAACCGACCACUAGAAAGGCCCACCUUGUGAGGGCUAUGCUCGAGAGCUUGGUCUUCAGGGUGAUUCUACUGUACGAGUGCAUUAUCCGGGAGACAAAGUUCUCUUACCACUCGAUUAAGGUCGACGGGGGAGUGUCGCGGAACGACUUUGCCAUGCAACUGCUGGCUGAUCUCACGGGCCUGGAAGUUGAGCGCAGCACAAGCAGCGAGAUGUCGAUCCUAGGCGUGGCGUUUCUCGCAGGACUUCAUCAAGGAAUCUGGAGGAACAAGCAGGAUAUCUUGAAGCUUCGAAAGGUGGAAAGGGUAUUCACUCCGAGCAAGAAGAGGCGAGGCGACUACGAAAAAGUUAUCAAGGAGUGGAAAAGGGCUGUGGAAAAGUUCAAGGACUGGUACUGACGGUACGCUUCCGGUGCGAACAUUGCCAAUGAUGCAACGGUCCAAAGAUGGAGUUACGCCAAGAUCGUGGCAGCUUUGUUGAUUUUGUUUUUGAUGUAUAGUGCAAUACGAGCUAAACCGAAAGCGAAUACUCCGCUGAGGUAGUUUAGUGGGGAAGAGGGGAAAUACUCAUCAAGUUUUUUAUAUUUUCGUAUAGCA